CUUAAAUUGUGUUAGCUGCUCACUGGCUUCGAUUUUCUGUAUAGGCCCCUAUUAUGAGCAACAUUCGAUCUUCGACUGUAGUCGAAAGUGCUGAUCGAACGAAUUUUCAUUUGGUAUUAUGGUGCUCAUUCGUUGAAGAAUAGGACUAUUGUGAAUUUCGAUCGCUCGACGCAUUUACAAUAGAUAAUUUUUUCUCAGCUGAUACAGCAAAUCAAAAUAAAAGAAAAAGCGAUUGUCUUGAAAUUCUUUGCCAACAUUAUUUUUAAAAGUUAAAAAAAGUAAUUUACGUGAAAAUGAGUACAACGGAGUUGUGGUUCGACGAUUCAUCGGACGAUGAAAGAUUAGUGGAACUAGCUAGAAGUAGGAAACAGUUGAGGGACGCAUCCAACCCCCUAGAAAUGGCUUCCACUGAAUUUUUAAAGAACUUUAGAUUAUCUAAAGAGGCAUUUGUGAACCUACUGUCCACUACAGAAAACCAGUUGCAGCAGUGCACCCGAGCCAAAUCGAUUCCUAAUAUUUUAAAGCUAGCCACAGUUCUGCGAUUUUGUGCUCAGGGAUCGUACCAAUUGAGUAUUGGUAACGAAGGUAUGAUAGGACUUGCUCAACCCACUGUUUCUGUUGUGCUAUCAGAAAUAAUAGAUGUCCUGGAAAAUUAUAUUUGCCAAAGAUGGGUAAAAUUUAGUAGCACAGAGGCUGAUCUGCAACAAAGAAAAGCACAUUUUUAUAGCAAAUACCGGAUUCCAGGAAUAAUUGGCUGUGUUGAUGGCACGCAUGUUAAAAUUGUCGCUCCCAGGAAAGAAGUUCAGCAUUUGUAUUACAACAGGAAGGGAUUCUACAGCAUUAAUGCUAUGAUUGUUUGUGAUCAUACAAUGAAAAUAACCUAUAUAAAUGCGAAAAAUCCAGGAGCUACUCAUGACUCCAUGGCUUUCAACAUGUCGCCAUUGAAAGCGCAUUUAGAGGAGCAACAUCUCAAUGGCCGUCGCAAUACUUGGCUCCUCGGUGAUGCUGGAUACGCUCUUAAACCUUAUUUAAUGACCCCGUUCAGAAACUCUGAGGAAGGGUCUCCACAAAGGACCUACAACAAACAACAUGCCAAAGCGAGAAAUGUUUGUUGCAGGCAAGAGCUCUUCACUAUUCUCCAAAAAAAGCAACACAAAUUAUUAAUGUGUGUGCAGCUUUGCACAACAUUUGCUUGUUUUAUAAUGUUCAACUUCCGGAUGAAGAGUUAUCCGACGAGACCCUCAACGAUGAUGCUGCAGAUAUUGAAGUGGAGUCAAAUAACGGAGAAGCAGAACACAUAAGAAAUGAAAUUCUUAGA